AUGGCUGAACUCGACACUCUGGACAUCAUUGUCCUGUCUGUCAUCCUCUUGGGGACCUUGGCAUACUUUACAAAGGGCAAGUACUGGGGCAUCACCAAGGAUCCCUAUGCCGCUUCAUUCGCCAACGCCAAUGGCGUCAAGGCUGGCAAGACGCGCAACAUCUUGGAGAAGAUGGAGGAGUCUGGCAAGAACUGUAUUGUCUUCUACGGAUCCCAGACCGGGACCGCCGAGGAUUAUGCGUCCAGGUUGGCCAAGGAGGGCAAGAGCCGCUUCGGUCUCGAGACCAUGGUCGCGGACCUUGAGGACUACGAUUAUGAGAAUCUCGAUGCCCUGCCCAACGACAAGCUCAUUGUUUUCGUCCUCGCCACCUAUGGCGAGGGUGAGCCUACCGAUAACGCCGUCGAUUUCUACGAGUUCAUCACUGGCGACGAUGUGUCCUUUUCCGAGUCGCGCGAAGCCCCUCUGGACAAUCUCAACUACGUCGCCUUCGGGCUCGGAAACAACACCUAUGAGCACUACAACUCCAUGGUCCGCAACGUCGAUAAGGCUCUGCAGAAACUGGGCGCCAACAGGCUCGGUGUCGCCGGAGAGGGUGAUGACGGUGCCGGCACCAUGGAGGAGGACUUCCUAGCCUGGAAGGAUCCCAUGUGGGCUGCUGUGGCUGAGAAGAUGGGUCUCGAGGAGCGCGAGGCUGUCUAUGAGCCCAUCUUCGGCAUUGUCGAUCGUGAGGGCCUUACCAAGGACUCCGUCGAGGUCUAUGUCGGAGAGCCCAACAAGAUGCACCUCGAAGGUACCGCCAAGGGUCCCUUCAACGCUCACAACCCUUAUAUUGCACCCAUCACCGAAUCGAGAGAGCUUUUCAGCGUCAAGGAUAGACACUGCUUGCAUAUGGAAGUUGAUAUCAGCGGUUCCAACCUGACUUACCAGACCGGUGACCACAUCGCUAUCUGGCCCACCAACCCUGGCGAGGAAGUCGAUAGGUUUUUGAAUGUCAUUGGUCUCGCGGACAAGCGCAACGAUGUCAUCGGCGUCAAGGCUCUGGAGCCCACCGCCAAGGUCCCAUUCCCAACGCCCACGACUUAUGAUGCCAUCGUCCGCUACCACAUGGAAAUCUGCUCCCCCGUCUCGCGUCAGUUCCUGGCGACUCUCGCUGCGUUUGCGCCUGACGAGGCUACCAAGGCUGAGAUGACCAAGCUGGGUGGCGACAAGGAUUACUUCCACGAGAAGAUCAGCGUCCACCACUUGAACAUCGCUCAGGUUCUCAGCAGUGUCUCCAAGGGCCAGACCUGGAAGAACAUCCCGUUCUCUGCCUUGAUUGAAGGCGUCACCAAGCUGCAGCCCCGCUAUUAUUCGAUCUCGUCGUCCUCUCUCGUCCAGCCCAAGAAGAUCUCGAUUACGGCUGUUGUCGAGUCGCAAAUGAUCCCUGGCCGCGGCGAUCCGUUCCGAGGCGUUGCUACCAACUACCUGUUUGCUCUCAAGCAGAAGCAGAACGGCGACCCGAACCCCGAGCCCUUCGGCCUGACAUACGAAAUCACCGGUCCCCGUAACAAGUAUGAUGGCAUUCAUGUACCCGUCCAUGUGCGUCACUCGAACUUCAAGCUGCCUUCCGAUCCUUCCAAGCCAGUCAUCCUGAUUGGUCCCGGUACCGGUGUCGCGCCCUUCCGUGCCUUUGUGCAAGAGCGCGCUAAACAAGCGGCUGAUGGCGAGAAUGUCGGCCGGACCCUGCUCUUCUUUGGUUGCAGGAAGAAGAAUGAGGACUUCUUGUACGCCUCGCAGUGGGAGGAAUUCAAGAAGGCACUAGGCGACAAGUUUGAGCUCAUCACCGCCUUCUCUCGUGAGGGCGCGAAGAAGGUCUACGUCCAGCACAGGCUUAAAGAGCGUGCUGAGGAGGUCAACGAACUCUUGCAAAAGAAGGCUUACUUUUAUGUCUGCGGUGAUGCGGCAAACAUGGCCCGUGAGGUCAACGCCGUCCUUGCCCAAAUCAUUGCUGAGCAACGUGGCAUCUCAGAGGCCAAGGCCGAAGAGAUUGUGAAGAACAUGAGAGCUGCAAACCAAUACCAGGAGGAUGUUUGGUCGUAA